AAAAUCGCGGCUGACCGUGCGCUGGCACGCCCCAUCUUUGGACUGUAAUAACCGUGCAGCAGCAGUGCUGGUAAUCGGGUUUUCAGCUCCCGGGAGUGUCCAUGAACGGCUCCAUGGCCGCGUCCUCUCACCGGAUAACGCUGGGCCCGCUGGUUGCUGCCAUCGACCAGGGAACAAGCUCCACUCGGUUUCUGGUGUUUAAUUCAAAAACAGCAGAGCUCCUCAGCCAUCAUCAAGUGGAAAUCAAACAGAGCUUCCCUAAGGAAGGAUGGGUGGAGGAAGAUCCCAAAGAAAUCCUGCAGUCGGUGUAUGAGUGCAUGGAGCGCACAUGUGAAAAACUCAUGCAGCUCAACAUCGACAUUUCAAACAUUAAAGCUAUUGGAGUGACCAACCAAAGAGAGACUACGCUGGUAUGGGACAAGGAGACCGGGGAGCCCCUCUACAACGCCAUCGUGUGGCUGGACCUGCGAACUCAGUCAACGGUUGAGCGUCUUAUUAACAGAACUCCUGGAAGGAAUAAGAACCAUUUACGGCAUAAAACCGGUCUCCCGAUCAGCACCUACUUCAGCGCCGUAAAGCUUCGCUGGCUGAUGGACAAUGUGGACGAGGUCCGCGACGCCGUUGUGUCUCACCGGGCCAUGUUCGGCACCGUGGAUUCCUGGCUCAUUUGGUGUUUGACGGGCGGUAAAUCAGGAGGAGUCCAUUGCACAGACGUGACCAAUGCCAGCAGAACCAUGCUGUUUAAUAUUCACACAAUGGACUGGGAUCCAGAACUUUGCAAAUAUUUUGGCAUUCCAAUGGAGAUCCUGCCCAGAGUGAGGAGCUCCUCAGAAAUAUAUGGUCUGAUGAAAAUAAGUUCUUGCUGGAAAUCUGGGGCCUUGUCAGGUAUUCCCAUCUCAGGGUGCCUCGGGGAUCAGUCAGCAGCUCUAGUCGGCCAGAUGUGUUUUCAAGACGGACAAGCCAAAAACACGUAUGGAACAGGCUGCUUUCUCUUGCGAAACACUGGAGCAAAGCCCGUUAUGUCCGAUCAUGGUCUCCUGACGACCGUUGCUUACAAACUGGGUCGGGACAAACCUGCCUGCUACGCACUGGAGGGAUCUGUGGCCAUUGCUGGAGCUGUGGUUCGCUGGCUACAGGACAACCUUGGAAUCAUCGGCUCCUCCGAAGAGCUCGAGAAGUUGGCUGCAUCGGUUGGCACGUCCUACGGUUGCUAUUUUGUUCCUGCAUUUUCCGGUCUCUAUGCUCCGUACUGGGAGCCCAGUGCAAGAGGGAUCAUUUGCGGAUUAACUCAGUUUACUAAUAAGAGCCACUUGGCAUUUGCUGCGCUGGAAGCCGUCUGUUUCCAGACACGAGAGAUACUGGACGCCAUGAAUCAGGACAGCGGCAUCCCUCUAACUCAGCUGCAGGUGGACGGAGGAAUGACGUCCAACAAGCUGCUGAUGCAGCUGCAGGCUGACAUUCUCUGCAUCCCCGUCGUGAAGCCAUCCAUGCCAGAGACCACGGCUCUCGGAGCAGCGAUGGCGGCUGGAGCGGCAGAGGGGGUGAGUGUGUGGAGCCUGAACCCAGAGGACCUGAGCGAAGUUACUUCAGAGAAGUUCGACCCUCAGAUCAACCCUGAAGAGAGCGAGUUUCGGUAUGCGAGGUGGAAAAAAGCGGUGGAGAAAUCCAAGAACUGGGAGACGACACAGCCUGUUGUUAAUGGAAACGGUGAACCCAGUAUUUUUAGCAGUGUCCCUCUGGGGUUUUACAUCAUUGGCAGCAUGUUGAUGCUGAUUGGCGCAAAAUACAUCACAGGUCCCGACUAGUUGUCAGAGUCUCGAGGAGGUGAGGCGGAGCGUAAAAGGAAACCAAACGCACCCGACCACCGCCUGCAUUCUUGUGGCACUCUUUGCUCUGAAGCCAUUCCAGAAGAAUGAGGAAUCCAGAAAUUUUUUAGUUUACUUUGUACAUCUGUAGCGGACAUUUGCAUGCAGAAGACUAAUUUGUUUUUGUUUUUUUCCAUAGAGUGUAGAAGUUCAUUUUUACCUUAUUUAUGUAGAGGCUAACUACAGCUAAUGCUAUUGAAGUAUAAUUUGCAUUAUGUGUCAUGGAACUCUUCAUCUGGACUUGUAUGUUUUGUUGUUCAGGAACCUCAUAAAUGAGCCUCCAGAGCUUCUUUUAGAGCACUUUAAAGGAUUGCUUUAGUCUUGGACAUGCAAUGUGUUAACACGCUUAGAUGAAGUUGGGACAAUGGCAGCAAAAGGGAAGGAAAAUGGCUUUUUAGUCAAGAAAAAGCUCUGUGUGCUUGAAUUUUCUGUAUCGUGUACGACACAGACCUUAUGGAAAACGGGCAGUAAGACUGUCAAAUACUGACACCAAAAAAACAUGUCAAAUAAACCCCCAAGAAAGUAAAAAAUUAAUUCUUUAGAAAGCCUUUUCUCUUGAAAUAUAUGAAAUGUUGCAAAAACAAGCUACUUGCCCACACGUCUGAAAUGAAUCUCUAAAGCAGCUCAAUGGUGGUUGGAAAAAAUUCAUUUAUUCAAUCAUUUGAAUACAAAGCUACGCUAAAGAAGAUAUUUUAGUGCUACACUUGUACAAGCUGGAUUCAGUACCAACUUCCUCUUUGGUUCAGGUUUGAGGAGUAAAUAUGUUGCCCUUCCUGUUAGUCGUCUGUACAAAUCUGCAGCAACAUGAAUGGCCAGUGUUUCUGUUUGGCGUCAGAACAAAGUCUCUUUUUGUGUGUAUUAAAGUCAUGCUUUUGUAAAUUCAUGCUGUAAUUUAUUAAAACUAAAGUUCUUUUAAAGCA